CCGGUCGGCCCUUCGGCUAGAAGCUAGUUAAGCAUUUUUAGCCAAACAUUGGAAGCGUUGUCUUGGUAGAUUCCGCGGGUGAUGAGUUUAACUUCCGGAGAUUUGAGUUAAUUUUAGGUCCUUCCGGUUUUAGGACAGAAUUUAAAUGUUUUAAAUGUCUAAGCGAAUGAGCGCGAGGAGCGAGCCUCGGUAGAUUUAAACCAGUGUAGUGUUUGUGCAGGUAAUUACGAUGCCGGUUCACUCGAAGGAGAAGAAGGAGAGCGCUCAGGAGGAGAUGGAGGUGGACUACGGAGAGCACGAAGGCAGCAGCUCAGAGGAGGACGACACCGACACCUCAUCCGGCUCUGAGGAUGGAGAGAGCUCCGAGAUGGACGAUGAGGACUGUGAGCGGAGACGAUUGGAAUGUUUGGAUGAAAUGACCAACCUGGAGAAACAGUUUACAGACCUAAAGGAUCAGCUGUAUAAGGAGCGGUUGAGUCAGGUUGAUGCUAAACUACAGGAAGUGAUCUCAGGAAAAGCACCCGAGUAUUUGGAACCUCUUGCCAACCUCCAGGAGAACAUGCAGAUCAGAACUAAAGUCGCUGGUAUCUACAGAGAGCUGUGUUUGGAGUCAGUGAAACAUAAAUAUGACUGUGAGACUCAGGCAGCGUUUCAGCACUGGGAGAGUGAGAAGCUGCUGCUGUUCGACACGGUCCAGACUGAGCUGGAGGAAAAAAUUAGACGUCUGGAGGAGGACCGACACAGUAUAGACAUCACCUCAGAGCUCUGGAACGAUGAACUACAGUCAAGAAAAAACAAGAAAAAAGAUCCCUUCAGUCCGGAUAAGAAAAAGAAACCUGUAGUGGUGUCUGGGCCGUAUAUCGUUUACAUGCUGCAUGACCUGGACAUCCUGGAGGACUGGACCGCUAUCCGAAAGGCAAUGGCCACUUUGGGACCUCACCGAGUCAAACCUGAUGUUUGUUCGUCUAAGAGUGAAAAGCAGCAGCACAGCGCUCGCUCCGAGGAAGGCCGGCUGCUGUACGAUGGAGAGUGGUACAGCCGGGGACAAAACAUCUGCAUCGACAAGAAGGACGAGUUUCCCACCAGGUGCGACUCCAAUUGUGUGCUGUAAUAACUACUAUAAAUCAUGACGAAGUUUGGUUCAAGCGCUCAGACGGUAGCAAGUCGAAGCUCUACAUCUCACAGCUGCAGAAAGGCAAAUACACCAUCAAACACACCUGAGAGAACCUGUGAGAGAACCAUGUCCAUGUAUUCAACACCUGCUCCACUGCCUUGUGUGUGUGUGUAUGCGUGUGCGUUUGUGUUUGUGACUGAGUGUGUAUGAUGCCCCGUUUUCAUUAUUACAGAUGUUAUUUUUCUGUUAAUUUUUUUACGUUUUCUGUAAAUACACUCCACUCUGAUGUGCUGCCACAUGGAUCAGUGUUACUCUUACCUGUGAGUUUGUUUGUGUGUGUGUGUGUGCGUGUGUGUGUUUUGAGAGAGAAAGAGAACAAUGUUUACAUCUGUUAUAGCCAUGUGCCAUUAUUAAAGUUUCAUAUCACACUCA